AUGUCUGGAACAGGGGACCGAGAAGCCGUGUUUCCAACCCGGCAAUCACUGGGGUUAAUGAAGGGGAAGUUGAAGGGUGCAGAAACAGGCCACAGCCUUUUGAAGAGAAAAAGCGAAGCUUUGACUAAGCGAUUCCGAGAAAUUACAAAACGAAUCGAUGAAGCAAAGCGGAAAAUGGGCCGUGUUAUGCAGAUAGCUGCCUUCUCCCUGGCAGAGGUUACCUAUGCUGUUGGAGGGGAUAUCGGUUUCCAGAUCCAGGAAUCUGCGAAACAGGCUAGGUUCCGCGUCCAGACAAAGCAAGAGAAUGUAUCAGGAGUAUUUCUACCUCAGUUCGAGAGCGUGACCGCGGAGGGCAGUAAUGAUUUUGGCCUGACUGGUCUUGGGAAAGGUGGGCAGCAAGUCCAGCGUUGUCGGGAGACUUACGCCAGGGCUGUCGAAACGCUUGUCGAACUAGCCAGCUUACAGACUGCAUUUGUUAUAUUGGAUGAAGUCAUCAAAGUAGUGAACAGACGAGGUAUUGAACAUGUUAUUAUCCCCCGAACCGAAAAUACUAUCAAAUACAUCAACUCAGAACUAGAUGAGCUCGACCGAGAAGAAUUUUACAGGCUUAAGAAGGUUUCGAACAAAAAACAAAGAGAUACAGCAGCAGCCGAUGCCGAAAUGAGGGCAAAACGAGCAGCCGCAGGAAUGGAUGGAAAGACAACGCCUGAGUCAGCAGAUACCCCAAUCCCCGAUGUUCUUGGAGACCAAGAGGAUCCGGACGUAAUUUUUUAG